AUGGCAGACAACUUCUCAAUCUAUGCGGAGCUGCUGCCCAACAUUCGGCAGGUGUCCGUCGUGGCCAGCCUUCCAUCACCAUGUGACUCGUCUACGCGCGCCCUGCUGCUCAGCAAUGGCAGCCGCAUCCACGUCACACACCACGACGACUCGCGGCUGCUCGAGCUGCCCGCCGCGGUCGUUCAAGGCGGCGGCGGCAGCCCGGCCACCCUGCCGCUGAAGCCCGCGGCUGACAAUGGCUGCAAGCUGACCUGGCGCUUCCCGCUGGACCUGGCCUAUUCCGCCUCGGCAGCACCGCAGGGGGCCAUUGCGACUGGUGGCGGCGCCGGCUCCUCGGUGCCCUGGGAGGCCGUCAACAUCGCGGGCGGAUCUACGGUGCUUUGUCGGGGGUGCAAGGCGGUGCUCGUUCCCGGGGAGCGCAUCAAGGAGUGGAAGGACCUCCCGAGCGCGAACUGGGCCGAGAUGAUGGAGUUUUGGCACUGUCACAAACCGGACGACCAUGAUGCCGAGGACGGGCAUCGACACCACGGACAUGAUUAUGAUGAUCACCGAAUCAAGGGCGGGGACAAGGCCGACGAGCAGACGUUGGCUGGGAGGGGCUACGGGGCAAACUCCAGCAUCCAGGCCCAGCGGGGUGUUGGAUUUGUGGACUUGAUGACAUUUCUCUUUGCUGAGGAUGAAUGUCGAGGUGUAGAGUUCGAGACCUGCCUGGGCUGCAAUGCUGCUUUCUGGGUCUCCGGAAACGGGAGCGGCAACGCGGCUUUUGGCGGAAGGAUGGCAACUCUGUAUUUCACCGAGGCUUGCACGCAAUGGACUUCUCGGGAUUAG